CCGAUAAACAAGAUUAAAUUGACAUAGACAUUAGACCUAUUGAUUGACGUGCUUAUAGGAACUAUUGUCAGUAGUGUUUCGGCAUUCACCGUCACCAUUUAACCGAUAUUUUUCAAUUUUAUACGAUUUUAAACAUGCCGAAAGCAAAAUCGUCUGUAAGUAGCUGUUUACACAGUUAUGUCAAUGAAUACGGGAACAAUAUUUUUUCUAGUGAUGGUGAAGUGUUAUUUUGUAAAGUGUGUAAUGUUAAAGUCUCAGCAUUGAAACGAUAUACUGUAGAACAACACAUAAGUCGAGAAAAACAUACUCGGGGAGUUGAGCGACAAAAAGAAAGCGAAAAACCAAAAACUCAAUUAUUGCUGACUGAUACAAGUAUUACAUCAAAAAAAUCGUCAUUUAAUUUGGAACUAUGUCAAACAUUAUUAUUAGCUAAUAUUCCGCUUAAUAAAUUAAACAACGAACACUUUCGAAAAUUUUUAGAAAAAUAUAUUAAAGUUGAUAUCCCAGAUGAGUCAACUUUACGUAAGAAUUAUGUUGAAUUAUGUUACAAUGAUACAAUGCAAAAAAUUCGAGACUACGUUGGAAAUAAAAAAAUUUGGGUCAGCAUGGACGAAACAACAGAUGUUGAAGGGCGAUACGUGGUAAAUGUCAUUAUUGGGACUUUGGAAUUAGAAAACGCUGGAAAAAUAUUUUUGCUGCAUACCGACGUUUUGGAAAAAGCAAAUAAUUCAAAAAUCGCCAAAAUGUUUGAUAAAUCUAUGUUUAUACUAUGGCCUCUUGGUAUUAAACAUGACAACGUUUUACUUUUUUUAUCUGACGCAGCUCCAUACAUGGUAAAAGCAGGAAAAGUUAUACAAAACCUAUAUUCCAAAAUGAUACACGUAACUUGCAUGGCACAUGCGGUUCAUAGAGUGGCUGAAGAAAUUAGGACAAAUUUUCAAGAUAUAAAUAAACUUAUAUCAAAUGUUAAAAAAGUAUUUCUGAAAGCGCCAUAUCGAGUAGAAAUUUUUAAAACUAUUGCUCCCGGAAUUCCUUUGCCACCUGAACCCGUACUCACGCGCUGGGGAACAUGGAUAAAUGCAGCAAAUUAUUAUUGUGAGCAUUUAUCUGAUAUAAAAAAAGUGAUUCUGGAAUUAGACAAAAAUGAUUCAGUCGCAAUUAAAGACACAAUAGAACAAGUGUUAAACCCAAGUUUGGAAACAAAUUUAAUUUAUUUAAAAUCUAACUUUGGAUUUAUACCUUCGGAAAUAACUCAGUUAGAGACGUCUGGGAUGUUAUUAUCAGAGUCAAUUAAAUGCAUAAAAAAAAUUGAGUCUUUAAUCCAAAAAGCUCCAAAUAAAAUCGGACAAACAAUAGCAACCAAAAUGGAGAAUGUCAUUUUAAAGAAUAAUGGAUUUAAAAUUGUAACUAACAUCUCUGAAAUGCUAGAUGGCAAAAGCGCAAGAGGAGAAGAUAUUCCAGAAGAUUUAACUACUGAUGACAUGACCUACUUCAAGUAUGCACCCAUAACGUCCGUUGAUGUUGAAAGAAGUUUUUCAUCAUACAAAAAUUUAUUAACUGAUCGACGUCGUCAUCUUUUGUUUGAUAACAUCAGACACAUAUUAAUUGUACAAUGCAACAAUGCAAUAUGAAUAUUAUUAUAACAUCAACAUCCCAACACUAAUAAUAAAAAUAUUUUUAAUAUUAUUUUUUUUUAUUUAUAUUUUACUUUUUAAUUUAUUUUUAAUAUUGAA